AGUUGUGGUCUUCAAUGUCAACAUGAGUGUCUAAGUCGUUGCACAUGAAGACUAUCAUACCGCCGACUCCGAACCUUACCUUAUCUAUCUCUUUCUCUUUCUCUCUUUUAUUUACUUGGCACACAUACUUCGUUUGCACGUUUGCCCCCCUAAUAGGGUGAUCCCCUUGAAGAAGGUGUCCUCAUGGCAUCUGGUGAGUUGUUCUGUGGAGAGAAAAACUAAUGAAUGUCUGGAAUAAAGGGCAGACGGAUCUUUUGAUGUUGUUACAAAAUUGUUUUACUGGCCCCUUCCACCCAUGAGCAUCAGUGCUGCUUAUUAGUACCCCUCAACAAUCCUUAGCUACUUAGGAUGUAACGAUGAUUGAUGCACAAACAAGACGGCACAAACCAAACGAAGUAGCACGAACGAGGUACGAAAGCAAAGUGUUGAGCAAGAUGGACAAAGACAACGCAGCAGUCGUGAGCCCUUGAGAGAGGUCGAUCGAGACGUCGAUUUUUACCAGUGGGUUGAGUAGGACCUGGCCUCUCAGUGCUACUGUAUACCCUCUUGUUGCUUUCCACACGUGCAUCGACUAAACUGUCUAAUAGGGACGAAAUUGCCUCUGUCGACGGUUAUACUUUCUCCUGCAUCCUGCAAUAGCUCCUUGCAAGUAGGUGUACUGGGGAGAAAUACGUGAGUACACGACACAUCGAGGCGAUUGAGUCUUCUCUACCUCAGGUGGUCAUGUCAAUCCUUGAGUGUGUUUAGCAGCAGAUCAUCAUCAGCCGCGCCUGUAGGGGUUUUUGGUGAACCCCCCUGGGCAUCACUUCGCCAUCAUCUGGGCAUUAGCUGAGUGGCAAUGGUUUUUGUGUUCGACUGUUCCUGAAAAGGGAGGCUCGGCAGAGACGCGGAGGCGUGUCUCGGCGUUGGUGGGGAGGUAGGUCCAGGCACAGGGCCGAAUCAAAUGAUUGUGAGUACCUAGCAACCUACCUAUCCGUACAGAGUACCUGUCUACCUCUCUGUACGGAUAUGGAUUACCAUGAUGCCUGUCGCCAAUGAUACCUAGGUAGACAGGAAUUUGUCUCGACAUCCUGCCCCCAGUCCCCUUCCCGUAUUACUCGGAAAUCAGAGCCACGAACAUGACCCAAUAACGCUUCUUGAAUGGCGUUUGGGCAGCCGUGGCUUUCUAACGUCCAAACACCUUUUCCAGCACGGGUCUUGACACCUCUAGUCAUUCACGGCCCCCAAGUACGAUGCCUGAGGCGGAGCGUGCUUCUCCUGUUGCAACAAUCCGCUAAUCGAGCGAAGCGAACCGUAUCACCAGGCCGUUAUGGGCUGCAUUUCACUUUUCCGCCCCAUGCUGGGGGCGCUUGUUGGCGUCGCCCAACAUCUCCCGGGCUGUGUAGGAGGCCACAUGAACGGGCCGCCGAGCCUAUGAAUUUUGCCGCAUUACAUACGAAUCCAACACCCCCAAAGCGACGAAACGAGGAAACACCAAGACGCUUGGGGCCGUAAUGGCAUUUCUCUUCCGGCUCAAGUCGCUAGUCAUCUGCAGGUGUCUAAAUUACAGCGCGCGUGUCUUCUUAAAAUACCGCUUCCGCUUCCCGCACUCAGUCGCUCUCUCUAUCUCUUCAAGAUAUCCUGUUUUUAUCUAAGGUACUACUACAAACAAACAAGCAUUCGGGCGCCUCAAGCCAGUUCUGUUGCAUAUCGUCCAGUCACAAUCGCUCGUUCCGUCACGUUGCCAGUCACUCGUUUAACCCACCUACAACCCUCGCAGCGACCGAAUGCUACCCCGUGGAGGCUCCUGCAACGACGUUUCGCGCCUGGUCUCGAGAGCCUUGUCAUUUUUUCUUUCACGACAUCCCUCGACGUGCCUUCCUCGCCUUCCUACUUGGGACCAUCUGUUGAUCAUCAUCGGACAUCUUGAUCCGGGCGCAACCUUAGACUUCAAAGAAGUGCACGUGGGGAUAUCAUUGUCUUGAAUUCAGAAGUAUAAAAGCUUCGCGGUCGAUCUGGCUUGAGUUGCGGUUGUUUGGAUCAUCACACUCAUCAACAAGAUGCGCCGACUUACUGUUAUGUACAUGGCUUUGGCCGUGGCAGCGCAGUCUGCCGACCUCUCUAGCUAUGUUUUGACAGACACUGGCACCGUGGCUGGUGGAAAUGCGUUUCCGGGCGUAUCUCGACCGUUAGGCAUGGUUAAGAUCGGACCCGACCUGGAGAACGGAGUUGAUGCUUAUUCUGGCUACCUGCCUGAUGGCCACUUCAUCGGCUUUUCUAUGCUUCACGAACAUGGCACCGGCGGCGCCCCCAAAUACGGCGUGGUCAACCAGAUGCCUGUCGUUGGUGCCGUCGACAACCCUCUGACUCAAAACACCGACACCAGGGCGCAGCCAGAUGAGACUGAAGUCGGCCACUACAAGUCUUUCCUCAGCUCUGGAGUUGUAGUCGAGCUGGGAGCCACGGAGAGGGCAGGAUUGUACCAGUACAGUUUCCCGGGGAACGGCAGCACCCAGGGGAACGUCAUUGUGGACGUCUCGCAUGUUCUGCCAUCAUACAGAGGACAGGGUCUCGGCCAAAACUAUCUGGGAGGUAAGAUUGAAGUGGUGGAGGCCGACGACGGUCUUCACUACGAGGGCCAUGGCUACUAUAAUAAUGGAUGGAACCGUGCUGAGGAAUGGCAGGUAUUCUUCUGUGGAUACUUCGACCGUCCGGCAGCGUAUAAAACAUUUCUCGGCGUCGACCGCAAGUCAACGAGCCUCGCUAAAUACGGCAACGAGACGAGCCACGAGUCUAGAACGCAGCGCUUGGGUGCCAUCUUCACUUUUGAAGAUGCCACCGUAAGAUCAAGAGUUGGAGUCUCAUUCAUCUCGACCACUCAAGCAUGCAAGAAUGUUAACUCGGAAAUCCCCGCAGACAGAAGCUUCUCAUCUGUGAGGCGAGCUACACGAGAAGCAUGGAACUCUAAGGUUCUCUCCAAGGUCAAGACGACGGAGACGGAAACGCGGAAAUUGAACCAGCUGUACUCGGCCCUGUACUUCAUGAACUUGCUGCCCACUAACAAGACGGGCGAGAAUCCGCUCUGGAAGUCAUCGGAGCCUUACUACGAUGACGUCUUUACGUUCUGGGAUACAUUCCGCUGCACCACUUCCCUCCUCCACAUCCUCCAGCCCGAGGCUUACGAGGAGUUUAUCCGCUCCAUGAUCGAUAUUUGGCGGCACGAGGGUUACGUCUCGGACGCUCGAUCCUCCUUUUACAACGGCGCCGUCCAGGCCGGGUCCAACAGCGACAACGUCUUCGCCGACGCUUAUGUCAAGGGCGUCCGCGGCGCCGUCAACUGGGACGACGGUCUCUUGGCCAUGCUCAAAAAUGGCGAGGUGACACCCCCUCCCAACAACGACCCGCGUGAACGCUCCGGCUCCACCAAGGAGGGCCGCGGCGCCCUCCCGGACUGGCUCGAUCUCGGCUGGAUCUCGCCCCGCUUCGCCCGCGCCGUCACCCGAGCCGUCGAGUAUUCGGUCAACGACUUCAACAUCUACCAGGUCGCCAAAGGGCUGGGCGUUUCUGACGUCGCCAAAAGGUACCUGAAGCGGUCCAGGAAUUGGCGCAACCACUGGAACAAGAAUAUGACGGCCCAUGGCUUCAGCGGUUUCAUGGGCCCGCGCAACGCCGACGGCAGCUUCCCGCCUCAAGACCCCCUCAACUGCGGCGGCUGCUACUGGGCCGAGGCGUACUACCAGGCCACACCGUGGGAAUACUCGUUCAACGCGCAUCACGACGUCGCGCACCUCGUCAACCUGAUGGGUGGGGCACAGCGCUUCUCCGACAGGCUGGAGAAGACAUUCGAGCCGGGCCAGUACGCGGGCAACGGUGCCUUUGGCAACACCAUCUUCAACCCGGGCAACGAGCCCUCCUUCGGGACGCCAUACCUGUUCAACUUUGUCAAUAAACAGCACCUCUCGGUGGAGCGCUCCCGCUUCGUCGCAAAAUCUUAUUACAAGCCUGCGCCCAACGGCUUGCCAGGCAACUCUGACGCUGGCGCCAUGGAGUCUUGGCUGUUGUGGAAUAUGAUUGGGCUGUACCCUCUGACGGGUCAGACGACCUUUCUCAUCGGCUCACCGUGGUUCUCGGACCUGACCAUCUCGCUCGGUGACGGGCGCGAGCUCAAGGUAUCGUCCACGGGGGGCUCCGAAGACGCGUAUUACGUGCAGAGCCUGCACGUCAAUGGCAAGCAGUGGGACAAGGCGUGGGUGACUUGGGGGGACAUCUUCGCCAACGGCGGGACUCUGGAAUUUGAGCUGGGCUCUGCACCAAAGGAAUGGGCGACCGGUGAUCUGCCGCCUAGUCCUGCCAGCGCAGAGGACGAAGAGGAAGCGGAGGUCGCGGCGCUGAGGCAGCAGCCUCAACGACGAAUGUUUCAGGAUGAACAGAAGACUAUCGGAUAGAUCGCUACCCGCGGCUGAUGA